GGUGUUAGAGAUGCACGCUGUGCACCAAUAGUGUGCAGAACUGUACAAAGAGAUCUACUCCCUCAGCCUCAGCCUCAGCACCGUAACCCUUACAAUCCUCCGAGUCGGAGAAGAGAGAGGGAUGUACUUACACAGACGGAAGGAUAAUGUAAUCUAAACAUCAGUUUCUAUAUCAAAACUAAUGGAAGAUGCUAAAUGGAAUAUAGAUUCUGGAGAUAUAUUUUGAUAUGAAGCUCUUUGUUCUGGACAGUAUUUAAGUGUGAAUUGUGUUAUAACAGAUCAGGGAUGAGAAAGAGAAUGGGAUACCGAGACUGGAGAUGGCUGGCUCUUUGGUGGCAUCAUUUAUUUAUUUUGUGGAGUACAAUAGACGGACAGACUCGCUACACCAUCCCGGAGGAACUGAAACGGGGCUCUGUGGUGGGAAAUCUAGCCAAAGAUCUGGGUUUGGGACUAUCUGAGAUUUUUGACCGUAAACUGCGUGUCGCUUCUGAGGCUGGUAAGCAGUACUUUAGUGUGGAUGCAGGGAAGGGCGAGCUGGUCGUCAAUGAGAGAAUAGAUAGAGAGACUGUAUGUGGACAAAGCGCCAGCUGCGUUUUACCUCUGAAGGUUGUAAUUGAGAACCCGUUACAGUUGUAUCGAAUUGAGGUGGACAUACGAGACAUAAAUGACAAUUCCCCUACUUUUCUCACAAAGGAGCAGGCUUUAAAAAUGGCAGAAUGUACUGUAGCGGGUGUUCGUUUUCCGUUGGAGAGCGCAGAGGACCCUGACGUGGGAAGCAACUCAUUUAAAUCCUAUACCAUCAGUAAAGACGACUGUUUUAGUUUAAAAGUAAAAGAGCUUCGUAAUGGAAGAAAAGUCCCUGAACUGGUUUUAGAGAAACCACUUGACCGGGAGAAAAAAGCUGUCCAUCAGCUACUAUUGACAGCACUAGAUGGGGGGAGUCCAGUCAGAUCCGGGACUUCACAGAUAACAAUCACAGUACUUGAUGUAAAUGAUAAUAUCCCCGUAUUCGAAAAAUCUGUGUAUAAAGCUUCCAUCGGCGAAAAUAGCGCAAAAGGCGCUUUCAUGGUUAAACUUAAGGCAACGGAUAAAGAUGAUGGUCAAAAUGGUGAGGUAAAAUAUACAUUUGGUGAGCACACACCCGAGUCUGUACUUUCUACAUUUGAUAUUGAUACGGAAACAGGAGAGAUAUUUUUGAAAGGUAAAUUAGAUUACGAAACUGCUGCAAACUUUGAAAUUGAUAUCACUGCUAAAGAUAAAGGUAUCCCGGAGAUGGAAGGACACUGUAGUGUGCAGGUAGAAGUGGUUGACCUGAACGACAAUGCUCCCGAAAUCGUCCUCACCUCCCAACCGAGUCCGGUGCGAGAAGAGUGGCACAGUCGUGGCUUUGAUCAGCGCCCGGGACCUAGACUGCACCACUGACUUUAAAGAGAUGAUCAACGUUCUAGACGCGUCUUUACCCGACAGCGCCUGGACCUUUGA